AUGUGGCUGGAACUGCUCUUGGCCUCCGUGCUGGGCUUUGCCAUCUACUGGUUUGUUUCCCGGGACAAGGAAGAAACGCUGCCCAUCGAACAUGGCUGGUGGGGGCCUGGGACACCGCCCACCACCGGGGAGGAUGAGAGCAUCCACCCUUUCAAAGUGGAGACUUCAGACGAGGAGAUCAAAGACCUAUACUUGAGGAUUGACAGGACCCGGUUAAGCCCGCCCUUGGAGGACAGCUGUUUCCACUAUGGCUUCAACACCAACUACUUGAAGAAAGUCAUCUCCUACUGGAGGAAUGAAUUUGACUGGAAGAAGCAGGUGGAGAUUCUCAACCGAUACCCUCAUUAUAAGACCAAGAUUGAAGGCCUGGAUAUCCACUUCAUUCAUGUGAAGCCCCCACACGUGCCUGCAGGACGUACUCCGAAGCCCUUGCUCAUGGUGCACGGCUGGCCUGGCUCUUUCUAUGAGUUUUAUAAGAUCAUCCCUCUCCUAACCAACCCCAAGAACCAUGGCCUGAGUGACGAGCACAUCUUUGAAGUCAUCUGCCCUUCCAUUCCGGGCUACGGCUACUCACAGGCAUCCUCUAAGAAGGGCUUAGACACGGUGGCUACGGCCAGGAUCUUUUACAAGCUGAUGAUGCGGCUCAACUUCCAGGAGUUCUACGUUCAAGGUGGAGACUGGGGCUCCUUGGUCUGCACCAACAUGGCCCAGAUGGUGCCCAGGCAUGUGAAGGGCCUGCACUUGAACAUGGCUUUCGUCUUAAGCAAUGUCCACUUCCUGACCCUUCUGCUGGGACGGCGCUUCCAGUGGCUCUUUGGCCACACCGAGAGAGACAUUGAGCUGCUGUACCCCCUGAAGGAGAAGAUUCUCAACAGCGUGAUGAGGGAGAGUGGUUACAUGCACAUCCAGUGCACGAAGCCGGACACUGUGGGGUGUGCCCUAAAUGACUCCCCUGUGGGCCUGGCGGCCUAUAUUCUGGAGAAAUUUUCCACCUGGACCAAUUCGGAAUUCCGGAACCUGGAAGAUGGAGGCCUAGAGAGGUGA